AUGAAAAUUGUGAGGAUGAAAUCAUAUCUCUGCAAACUUAAAGAAAAGAUUGAUCGUCGUUCUGGCAAGAAGCUGGAAGAUGGCCCCAAAUUCUUGAAAUCCGGUGAUGCAGCCAUAGUUGAUAUGGUUCCUGGCAAGCCCAUGUGUGUUGAGAGCUUCUCUGACUAUCCUCCACUGGGUCAUUUUGCUGUUUGUGACAUGAGGCAGACAGUUGCUGUGGGUAUCAUCAAAGUUGUGGACAAGAAAGCUGCUGGAGCUGGCAAGGUCACCAAGUCUGCCCAGAAAGCUCAGAAGGCUAAAUAAAUAUUAUCCCUAACACCUGCCACCCCAGUCUUAAUCAGUGGUGGAAGAACGGUCUCAGAACUGUUUGUCUCAAUUGGCCAUUUAAGUUUAGUAGUAAAAGACUGGUUAAUGAUA